UCUCUGUUUUAAAUUCUUUCACCGCCCUCCCCCUCAGUAAUUCCCUUCCAACUCGCCGGGAUCUCCCACAAAUGAUGCCCACUUGCGCAUCCCGCGAAUUCAAUCGCCCCGACCACUGGGGAGUGGCCAAGGCCCUGAGCUCCGGAAUCCCUUCCCUCGACUGUCCAUUAUCUGACCCCUCGUCUCUCCUCCAAGUGGUUCCCGCAACCCGUCCCUUCCACCGUUGCCUUCAUCCGGCUGCGCUCCCGCGGCAGUUAUUUCCUUGCUCGGGCCAGCGGCGCUACAAAAAUGCAGGAGCCUGCAGCUGCUGCGAUCGCCCAGAGAAUUCCGCUCCAGCCUCCGCUGCCUCACGAAAAGUCCAGCUCCUUAUAAGGAGGGAGAGCGAAUCACGUGGAACCUUCACAGGCUGAACUCCCCGCGGCAGAUUUAGUGAAAGCGAGAGACGAGGAAGAGAUAAACCAAAGUGACUUGAAGUGGGUGGGGACGGCAACGGUGGGCAAACAAACAGCCAAACCGCACGGCCCUUGAGAGGAGCCCUCCUGGGACUGCCGAGCCGAGUAUGGAGGAGUUGUAUCCCUCGUACAGCCGGAGCCCUGUCUGGGAAGAGAUGGAGUCGGAAAAGGCGGCGGCGGGGGCAAUGGCGGGUCUGGGGCCGGGGGCUCAGCACCAGGCGCACGGAGCCGGCCCAGGAACAGCGGCGGCCGGAGACGAGUCGUCCGACAGCGAUGGAGAGCACGAGGGGCCGCAGAAACUCAUCCGGAAAGUGUCCACCUCCGGGCAGAUCAGAAGCAAGACGAGUAUAAAAGAAGGAUUUUUACUGAAGCAAACCAGCUCAUUUCAGCGAUGGAAAAGAAGAUACUUCAAGUUACGGGGGCGGACUCUUUACUAUGCCAAGGAUUCGAAGUCCCUUAUAUUUGAUGAAGUGGACCUGUCUGAUGCAAGUGUUGCUGAAUCAAGCACAAAAAACGUCAACAACAGCUUCACGGUAAUUACACCAUUCAGAAGACUAAUUCUUUGUGCUGAGAAUAGAAAGGAGAUGGAAGACUGGAUCUCUUCAUUAAAAUCUGUACAGAGUAGAGAGCACUACGAGACGGCACAGUUUAAUGUGGAGCAUUUCUCAGGGAUGCAUAACUGGUAUGCCUGCUCCCAUGCUCGCCCUACAUUCUGCAACGUCUGCCGGGAAAGCCUAUCUGGUGUCACCUCUCAUGGACUCUCCUGCGAAGUUUGUAAGUUCAAGGCCCACAAGAGAUGCGCUGUGAGGGCAAUCAACAAUUGCAAGUGGACAACCCUGGCAUCGAUAGGGAAAGAUAUCAUCGAGGACGAGGAUGGGAUCGCCAUGCCUCAUCAGUGGCUCGAAGGUAACUUGCCUGUUAGUGCCAAGUGUGCCGUGUGUGACAAGACGUGUGGCAGCGUACUCCGCCUGCAGGACUGGAGAUGUCUCUGGUGUAAAGCCAUGGUGCACACUGCUUGCAAAGAACUGUAUCCCCGAAAAUGUCCUCUGGGCCAAUGCAAAGUGUCCAUCAUUCCUCCCACUGCAUUGAAUAGCAUUGAUUCUGAUGGGUUUUGGAAGGCCAGUUGCCCGCCGUCUUGCGCCAGCCCACUUUUAGUCUUUGUCAACUCAAAGAGUGGAGACAAUCAGGGAGUCAAGUUCCUCCGAAGAUUCAAGCAAUUGUUAAAUCCAGCUCAGGUGUUUGAUCUCAUGAAUGGGGGACCUCAUCUUGGUUUACGAUUGUUUCAAAAAUUUGACACUUUCCGUAUUCUAGUUUGUGGAGGAGAUGGAAGUGUUGGAUGGGUGUUAUCUGAGAUUGAUAAGUUAAACCUGCACAAACAGUGUCAGCUUGGAGUUCUACCACUGGGAACAGGAAAUGACCUGGCACGGGUCCUUGGCUGGGGAGGGUCAUGUGAUGAUGACACACAGCUCCCUCAGAUCCUUGAAAAAUUGGAACGGGCCAGCACCAAAAUGUUAGACAGAUGGAGCAUUAUGACGUAUGAAAUAAAAAUCCCACCAAAACAUUCCUUGGCAGCGACCCCAGAGGAGGAUGCUGAGGAAUCCCAAUUUCAGAUAUCAGCAUAUGAGGAUUCUGUUGCUGCUCACCUAACCAAGAUUCUCAACUCUGACCAGCACUCAGUUGUUAUAUCUUCUGCCAAAAUUCUGUGUGAAACUGUGAAGGACUUUGUUGCCAAAGUUGGUAAAUCGUACGAAAAGGCCAAUGAAAAUACAGAAGAGAGUGAAACGCUGGCGAAUAAAUGUUCGGCAUUGAAUGAGAAGCUGGACUCGCUGUUGCAGACCCUCAGUGAUGAAUCACAGGCCACCAUAAGCCACCACUGCUCAACGCCACCCAUUGUGGAGGAGGAAGGUGAAGAAGAAGAGUUCAGUGAAGAAUCCUUAUCCGAGCAGCCAGUGGAGAGUAUCCCAGCAAGGUCUUCCACCCCGAAAUUCUUCAAAUCCAGGGAGCAACUUAUGCUUCGGGCAAACAGCCUGAAGAAAGCAGUGAGACAAAUCAUCGAACAGGCAGAGAAAGUUGUGGAUGAACAGAAUGCUCACACCCAAGAAACUGCUGAAGUGGAACUGAAAAAGGAAAUUGAGGAGGACUUGAAGGAGGAGGAAAAGGAGGAAGAUGAGUCAAAGGAAACAGACAUUCAGACCACUUUCCGAUCUGCUCAGAGAUCCCCUCCAGAGAGACGAAUCCAUCGCACCACCACUUCCUACACUGGUCCAUUUACAACCUCACCAUUAACUGCUAGCAAAGAAAAUCUCCCGGUGCUGAAUACUAGAAUCAUCUGCCCAGGUCUACGAGCUGGACUUGCUGCCUCCAUCGCUGGAAGCUCAAUCAUCAGCAAAAUGUUACUAGCGAACAUCGAUCCUUUUGGAGCAACACCAUUCAUUGACCCUGAUCCAGACUCUCUAGAAGGCUACACUGAAAAGUGCGUUAUGAACAAUUAUUUUGGAAUUGGAUUAGAUGCCAAAAUCUCCUUGGAAUUUAACAAUAAGCGUGAGGAGCACCCUGAGAAAUGCAGAAGCCGGACAAAGAAUAUGAUGUGGUACGGUGUGCUUGGCACCAAGGAAUUACUCCAGCGAACCUAUAAGAACUUAGAACAAAAGGUGCAACUUGAGUGUGAUGGACAGUACAUUCCUCUACCCAGUCUCCAAGGGAUUGCUGUAUUAAACAUCCCUAGCUAUGCUGGAGGAACUAACUUCUGGGGCGGAACAAAAGAGGAUGAUAUCUUUGGCGCUCCCUCAUUUGAUGACAAGAUCUUGGAAGUUGUAGCUGUAUUUGGAAGUAUGCAGAUGGCAGUAUCAAGAGUCAUCAAGCUUCAACAUCACAGAAUAGCUCAGUGUCGGUCUGUGAAGAUCACCAUUCUGGGAGAUGAGGGCGUGCCAGUACAGGUAGAUGGAGAGGCAUGGAUCCAACCACCUGGAGUUAUCAAAAUCGUGCACAAAAAUAGAGCACAGAUGCUGACAAGAGACCGAGCAUUUGAGAGCACCUUGAAAUCUUGGGAAGACAAACUGCGGUAUGACUCCUGCAGGCCAGCGCUCCGGCCCCACCUGUACCCACAGCAGUCGGUCGACCUGGCCACUGAGGAGGAAGUCACCCAGCUGCAGCUCUGUGCCCAGGCAGCUGAGGAGCUCAUCACAAGAAUCUGUGAGGCAGCCAAGACCCACAGCCUCCUGGAGCAAGAACUGGCUCAUGCAGUCAAUGCAAGCUCUCAUGCACUAAACAAAACCCAUCCAAAGUUCCCAGAGAAUCUUACUAGGAACACAGCAAUUGAGAUUGCCAGUAAUGUGAAAGCCCUGCAUAAUGAAACAGAAUCAUUGCUUGUUGGAAGAGUUCCUCUGCAACUAGACUCGCCUCAGGAAGAGCAGUUGUCUACAGCGUUGCACCUUGUGGACGUUGAACUGCAAAAGCUUGCAGAAGUUCCAUGGCUUUACCACGUGCUGCAGCCAACAGCUGAAGAGGACCAUUCUUUGGAAUUUGCCAAAAGAAACAGUCGAAGUGCUAUGUUCCGAAUUGUGCCAAAGUUUAAGAAAGAAAAAACCCAAAGGCAUAAGGCAGCCCCUCAGCCAGUUCAGAAAUGGGGCACAGAUGAAGUUGCUUCUUGGCUGGAGCUGCUCAGCUUGGGAGAAUACAAAGAACGCUUCAUCCGUCAUGACAUCCGAGGUUCUGAGCUAUUGCACCUGGAAAGGCGUGAUCUGAAGGAUCUGGGGAUAACGAAAGUGGGCCACAUGAAGCGAAUUCUCCAGGGAAUUAAAGAUCUUGGCAAAAACACUUCCAUGCCAGAAGUGUAGCUGUUCUGGUGCUAUCUCAGAAAAUAGUGGAGCGCUGUCUGGACUUCCCUAAGAAGUCCCGCAAUCAUAUAACGUUCUGCGGGAUUUCCGCUCAGCAGGAUUUGUGAUCUCGCAGCCGUCACUGGGUGCAAUGUUCAGGUGUUUGCUUCAAUUAAUGUGUUCUUUUCUAACCUUAAACUGUUGCGAGUUUUACUAAGGGUUGUGUGCCAAUGCAAUUAACCCUCAACAGCCAUUUUAGAUUGUUAACAUGACAAGUCCUUAUAUGCAUUGGUAAACUUGUGUUUACAAUGAACUGCGUAACCCUCCUGGAAACAAGGAUGCUGCAAAAUGGUAAAUACAGGUGCAAAAUAUUUCAGGACUUCCUUCCGUGAGGGCCGUAGAUCCAAAAACGGCUUGUUUUUUUCGCAUUACAUAUCAAUUUAAUGCAGACAAUUGUCUUUAUUGCUUUAGAAGGUAGAAUUGAUUUGUAUCCUAUACGUUUAUUGGAGUGGACCCAUUAUCAGUGUUUCUUGACCCAUGAAUAUGGUCUGCGGAACAUAUCACUUGAUGGCCAAGGAGUCUAAUUUAGACUGAAGUAGGAAACACAUGCAGUGUAGCAUGCAUGUAGAUUCUCCCGCAUGGUGUGCCUGCUUGAACUCUUUCUAUAGGAUUGCAUGACAUAUGCCUAAUGCUUUCUAAAAGAGAAACACUUGAACAAGUUUUAUAUUUGUUUAAUAGUCUGUAACUUAUUACUACUGAAGUGUUAAUGAAAAGUUAUUUCUGCUGCUCUGUGUUAAACUUUGCAUGAGCACAUUUCUUUCACAAGGACUGGUUCACAGGAGUUAUGCCGCCUUAUCCAGAAAGUGGCAACCAACCCGCUUCCUCGUUUGAGGGCAAUUCAGUGGCUGUAUGAUUAAUCAUGAACAGGAGUGGUGGUGACAGGGUAGUACUUAUCACAAAUGUCUCUGUGAUGGAUGUACUUUUUACAUAAUCUCUGUGUGUGUGUGUGUGUGUGUGUGUGUGUGUGUGUGUGUGUGUGUGUGUGUGUGUGUGUGUGUGUGUGUGUGUGUGAGACUGUGCAUGUGUGUUCAUGUAUAAAGGUUCACUGGCAAUACAUGAUUUUGGAAUAUAAUGGGAAUGAAAAGCAAUUGUUGCAUUUUUGACCUUGGCAGCCAUAUAGACUCCCAAGAUGAUGAGUGAUCCCACAUUUCUAGAUCUACUCCGACAUCUGCGUUCUCUGUGAACCUCUGCUAAAGAAUUAUUUGGAAAAAAACCACAAGGAGGCCUGAUUCAACCUGUGUAAAUGUGUGCAGUUGGAAUUCCACAGCAUGGAAGGUGACCAUUCAAUCCAUCAUAUCUGUGCUACCUCUCUGACAGAACUAUCCAAUUGGUUCCCCUUCCCCAAUUUUUUUUUUCUUUUCGAUCUAUAUUCAACUGCCAUUUUGAAAGUUCCUAUUGUAUCUAUGUCUUCUGCCCUUUCAGUCAGUUUAUGGUCAAAUCAUAGUUGGUUUUGUUAAAAAGAGAGAAUUCUUUCACCUUCCCCUCUUUUUCUCAAUUAUCUUAAAUCUGAAAUCAUUAGAAUAUUUUAGAUGUGUUAAAUUUUCCUCCUGGAUUCUCAUUUUUAUCAUCAUUGUUCUUGUUAUCCCUAUAAUUUUCAAACUUCCUCAAUAUGCUUUCAAAUUCUUCUACAGAACUAUGACACUCAGCACUACCUCUCCAUUGCCUCUUUCAAAGCAUCUAUAUCAACAGACAGCUUGCCCAAGCUCGAGUCUCAAAUGAGCCCACACUUUUUGAUUACUAUUAGGAUGGCCAAAACCAUUGAUUCCGUUCACCGCCUUGGCUACCUUCUCCGGCGGAAUGAAAUGCUCUGUAACUCCAACAUCCUAUUUAGUGUAGUGAGCUUCUGAUUUUCCAUCACAAAGACCACCAGUUUACACCUACAAUUUACACAUCAAAUGCCAACUCCACCCCUAUUCAGGUACAUCUUCCACUGAAACCUCUUGACGUAACUCUUCUAAGUGGUCUCCAAAAUCGUAAUCUGUAUCCUAUUCCAGACUAUAUUUCACCCUCCUGUUGCUAAUCCAACAUCUGAAAUUUAAAAUUCCCAUCCUUUUGUUUAAUAUCUUCACUUCUCCCUAUCUUUGUAACAUCCUCUGUCAAUAUAAUACACUACAAAUUCCAUUGAUCCAUGCCUCCUGGGUGUCCUUCCGCACCUCCCUUUAUCCCAUCAUGAGCAAUGCACCUUCAACAGUUCUGACAAAGGGUCUUCAACCUGAAACAUUCACUCUGUUUCUCUUCCCACAGAUGCUGCCUGACCUUCUGAGUAUUUACAGCAUUUUCUGUUUUUGCUUUAGAUUUCCAGCAUCUGCAGUUUUUUUUAAUUUUCUACAGUCAAGGUCAUGGUCUCUCAAAUUGCCUUCCCAAAUCCCUCUAUUUCUCCUCUUGUAAUAUUCGUAUUAAAACUCUAAUCCAAGACUAUGCCUCUGAAAAAUAUAUCUUCGGUGUAAGCAUAAUUUUUAAUCUUACACAUCUCUGUAGCACUUGGAGGUAUUUUGUAUGUUAAUGAUACUAAUGAGUUUUGUCCAUUAUUUACAUUUCCACAAAUGUGCAAUAAGGUCAUCUUGCAAUAAUGGCUUUGGAAUUUCUUACCUAGAAGGGCAGAACUUAAAAUGUGGCCUGUUGGUUCAGAGACACAACGUGGAUCUGAGAGAGCAAGACUUUGAGUCUCUAAUGUAAACCAACUUGUAGAGUGGACAAUUCGUUUUGCAACAAGAAUAGCAAAUCCUCACUAUGAUAUUAGUUAAUCUUCUCACAAAGCUUGAUUGCAUAGAGCUUUAACAUAUAAAAUAUGUUGACUUGUGUCACUGUAUUUAAUGAGAUGUGCUGCCCUCUUUGAUAGGUGUUGUACUUAGAGAGAAUUUAUAUAGAAAGGACAAUGGGAAGCUGAAUCCAGAUAAAGGUUGGUUUUAAUAUUGAGUCAUUUAUACCCACCCAUGCUCAAAAUCUCUUCCUUAUGAUCGAAUUCUAAGUACUAUUUGCUCAUACUGACACGUUGUGAAUUAGUUCCUUUUUUCCAGGUCCCCUAUACAACUCGACAAGAGAUCUUAUUCUGUUCUCACAAUACGUCAUGCAAAGCAUAUGCCUGAAUCUAUUUGAGUUAUUUAACCUUUUUCUAGGCUCAGACCAUAUCUUGUUCCUUCUGUUCUGUACCAGCAGAUCACUUAUUAUGAAGUGUUGACAAGGCAGAGCUUAAACCAUUAUCAGGUCACCCAUCCUCAGUGGCAACUGGGCUCUAACAGCCAAAGUAGUGAAGAAUUAAUUCUACGUCUACUGAUACUUAAGCUUACAGGAGAGACAGAGUCUUGGACUUCCACAGGGCAGAUAUUGGGAGGAGGUGGGCGAAAGGCACUUUUCAGCCGUUCCAAUUAGCUUCAAGAGAGUGUGGAUGUUUUUCAAUCUAAAGAUUCUUCUGCUCAUGUUUGUAGAUUGAAUAAGGACAGGAUAGGAAUCAGCUGCCAUAACACAGUAGUUGAAAAACCUGCCAGCAUUGAAAUUAGUGCUUGGUGUGAGCUCAGUGUUCACCUGGGUGAUGUAUUAUUAAUGAAGCUUUAAUCUAAUCUGAUUUUCUUCCCUAAAAAAAUGAAGGAAAAGGAAACCCAGUAGAAUAAACACUUAUUGUUGAAUAAAGGCAACAAACCUGCAAUUUGCCUGCAAUAAGUAUUUCUGAAAUCUGAUAAGAAUGUCUGACAGAUGGUGCAAGGCUUUACAGUAGAUUGUUAAUCCUGCACUCUUUAUCUAGUCAUACAUAGUUGGAUCAGAAGUGUACAACUAGCAGGUGUCCAAAGAAUGUAGGUCCAGAUUUUGUGGAGAAACAUAGGCAAAAUUGUCAGGAUUUUAAUUGAUAGCAGCUUCAAUGGGAAAUCUAGCAGUUGCUAUCAGCAAUUUGCUACUGGCAGCAGGCCAGCAGUCUGAUGCCGGAGCUAGGGGCAGUGCCGAAGCACAAACCUGCUCUAAGUGUCUUAUACUUGUACUCACUAAAGAGUCCUGCACUGGAUGAGAAGAGGUGCCACUCCUGGUUUGAAAGAAAGGAAAUGGGAGCACCUCAGGUCUAUUAAUUAAAGAAAAAAAGAAUUUUAGUUAGGUUCUUGAUUUAAGUUUCUUUUUAAUCUUUCUAAAAACCUUCUUUAAAUCUAAUGGUUGAUUUAGAUUAUUUACAAUGUUUGUGAUUAUUUUCAAGUGUUUUAGAGUGUUUCAGCCUCUUUUUAAGGCCCCUUUAGCUUUUAUUGUGCAGUUUUAAGUUUUCAAAUGAUUUUGAAAUGUCUGUGAGACUUUCAUAAACAUUCAGUUUUUAAAUGUUUUGAUGGGGUUAGAACAAGGAUUUCAAUUUCACUAGUUGUCAAAGGCCAUUUGCAGGAAAAGCUUGUUUUGGCCACCCCCAUUUAUCCCACUACAGUACAGAAGCUCCUUCUCCAGCAUAAGGUCUUGUCACCAAGGGUUCCACCUGAUGGUGUCUGGACAUUCUUUUCGGGAGGAUCAGCAAAAUGUGAAUUUUUGCUCAGAUGUCAUCAUUGAGCUGAUUAUGCUCACCACUGAUCAUAAAAUCCAGGUUACUAGUUGUGCAGAGGUCCUUGUGCAAAGUAAUGUUUUCAGAGCAUUAGGUACUGAGUUGAGUAGUGUAAAAACUGGACUAUGCUUGGACCAUGUCUGUGGGAAGAGCUUGCCUCCCAACAAAAAGCAUUAGAUUUCAUCUUGUGUGAACUUGUGAUCAAAUCUCAGCAACAUUGUUGAAUCUCCUCCGGCCCUCUGUCAAAUAGAUGGCAUGGAGCAUUUAUGGACAGUGUAGAAUAGUGCAAAGCCCAGCAAUCUAACACCAAACACCAAUCUCAAUAUUGCUGGACAGAGAAGUCACUGAGAAAACAGAACAUGGCACCAUUUGCCUCCCUUGACCAUUUAAUGUAUUCAGUAGCCAACCCAAGUUUCUGCAUCUCCUUGACACAGUAAAUCCCACUUGAUUAACCAAGCUGCUGUAGAGGACACAUUAUGCAAGGGACGAAACAUGGCAAUGUAAGAAUUUGGAGCCAAAAUCUUUUGUGAGCUUAACAUCUACAAGUUGCCCCACCAAAGAAAAAAUGUCAAGGUGGCAAAAACAUUGUGCCAAGUAAACAGUGGGAUCUAAUAUCCCAACCACCUCUGCCAUCAAGACUUCAAUCAUUACUAAAUCCUGUAACCCCAAAGUGUGUUUUGCUUAGUGUAUCUCUUUCAAAGAUUUCCCUGGGUUUUACCCCAUGGCCAGUGUGAUAUUUACACAUGGAAAAAGAAUUCAGAAUAUCGGCACAUUUCACCAACAAAACAUGACUAUCAUAGUGUUAUACUGUAAGCAUUUCUAGGAACUGAUUGAACAGCACUCUAAGUGGUUCCUAUUCAGCCUGGAUAAAGAUGGGUGUGCUUGAAUUGCAAGCAAUGCACAUAGGAUAAAAAAGAAAUCAAUUGGCCCAUUGGAAUGCUUCCUAAUUUACUUGAUGGGGGAAUAAGAAUGGAAAUUAAGGCUACUGCCGCAGUCUUCCAAUUCUCCUAGUGUGAAAGCAGUGUCAGAGGGCUAGAGUAUUAAAGCCCUCUGGCACUGCUGUAGUACUGUUCAAAAAAAGGAGGGAGAGGUGAACUACAGGUCAUUGGUGGUGGGAAACUAAUAGAGACUAUAAUCCAGGGUAAAAUUAAUUUUGCAGAAAAACAAGUGCUGAUAAAUAUGACAAACAAUUGCAAUCUUCAGUGACAUAGCACAGCAGAGUAAGUUAUGAGUUAAUGAAUGCUGUUGUGGAAAUGAAUGAAUGCACUUGCUGUUGUGUACAUGGACUUUCAGAAAGCAUUUCAUAAAGUAUCUUAUGAUGGAUUUGUCAGUGAAAUUGAAGGCUAUGUGACUAAAAGGACAGUGGUAGUGAGGGUACAAAAUUGUCUGAAGGCAAAGAGCAGUGCUGAUAGGUCUUCAUUAAUAACAGUGUAUAACCCCUGAGCUGAUAUUGAAACCACUGCUGGUUUUGAUCUGGAUUUGGGUAUACAGGACAAAAUUUCAAAGUUUGCAGAUGAUAUCAAACUGGGAAAUACUGUAAAUGGCUGCAGACCAAUCAGGUUAUCAUAUAAUUGGAUAGUGGCAGAUUUGAAGGCAAAUUCUGGCAGAAUGAACAGAUAUUUCAAUGAUAGUUAAUGUUGAGAAAUUUGGUUGAGGAGAGUCAACAUAAUAGAAAUUACAUUUUAAAGUGGGUGCAGGAACAGAGUAGAGAGGUUCACACACAUAAAUCUUUGAAGUUUGCAAUUUAUAUGGGAUCAUUACCUUUAAAUACAGGGACAAGGUACAAAAGCAAGAAAAUUAUGGCAAAUAGAAAUCCUUGCAUGAGAUUGAGCUGAAAUGUUACAUUCAAUUCUGGGCAUCUAUAAUAUACUGAAGUAGUACCAUGAAUGUGAUUAAAUGGUGAUUUACCAGAGGUUUUGAUGGAGUAGAUAAGGAAAAAUGUUUCUCCUAGCAAGGGGGUAUUAGUGAGGCUGGAGUCAGUUGCCAGUAGGCACAGGAUUCUGUUGGAAGAGUGGGACCAAUUGGAUAGCCCUUUCAGAGAGAGUGAACAAGUACAAUUGGGCAAACAACCUUCCUCCAUGUUGUAAAGUUGUGCAAACUGGACUCUGGUGUGGAACUCUACCUUGUGUGUGCAGCAGAGUUACAGUGGGCACUGCACAUUAUCUUUCAAUUGCUUUCUGCUUUUCUAAUAAAGCUGCAUUCCCACUUUAACGAAAUGGGGUGAUGUCUCCAUUUAAGAGCAGGAGUCUUGCUUUAACCCUUUGCCUUUGCUGGAGUAUCUUGUUGCUCUACUACUGUGCCAUGUGACAAGUGAAAAUAGGAGGAAUUUGGUGCGAGAUUGUCUUAAGUGUUCUUAUGAUAAACCUAAUCACAGGUGGCAUUCACAAGACAAUGAGAAAGGAAAGCAAUUUAGUACACUUUAUGAUCUCAGGAUGUCCCAAAGUGGUUGGAAAUCAUUCAAGUACUUCCUGAGGUCUAGUUACUGUUGAAAUGUGGCUGCCAAUGUGUGCACAGUGUAGUCAUACAAAUAGCAAUGUGAAAAUGACCAAACCAUCUGGCUAAGUGCUUCUAGUUGAAAGAUAACUUAUUGGCCAGAUCACUCUAAAUCUUCAAGAUGUUGCUGUGGAAUUUAACAUUCACCUGAGAUAGAAGAUAAAGCUUCCACUUAAUGUCCCAUCUGAAAGACGUCAUCUCUAAUGGAGCACUAUUCCCUUACUUCUGCACUGACAGCAUCAAUUGAAAUUAUCUGCUUUUAUCUCUGGAGUGAGACUUGAACCCAUGACCUUUUCAGAGGGAAGCAGAGCCUAACUAUCUGCUAUCGGACUCCACAGAGCCUGUGAGACCCUGUUUAAAUACUUGGGAAAAGGACAAAAUAUUGUACCUUUCCAGUUUAUGUUGCAAACAGACAAGGAAUCUAAGACAUUAGUGCUGCUCAGAGUUGUUUUAAAUGAAUCAUCUGACACUUUUAUGAUUGAUCCACAUUGUAUCCUGCUGUUAGCGAGGUUGUCUUCCCAAAACAAGUUGCUGAAAAGGGGUGAACCGUUCGAAAGUUUGUGGCACCAGGAGUGGCAACUAUUUGAUGUUUAGAAUUGUGAUCCUUAGAACUUGUUUGAAGAGUGUUCCCGGCAUUGACGCAGUGUUACAACAUUUAAAAGUUGUAGCUCAAGGGAUUAUGAAGAAGAUAAAGUGAAGUGAUAGGCAGCAUAUUUACGAAAGGAACAUGAUUGUAGUUAUUCCUAAAUGUACACCGUUUUGAAACGCAGGUCUCCAGGAACCUGGAUCAAAUGCUGUGUCCCCAGGCAGUUUGAGAUAGUGUUUAUUUAAGGCUCCAUGUGUCAACUGAACUGGACAAGAGAGAGCCAAGCAGUCAUGGUACUGAGUGGGUAUGUACACGCAAAUGUAACUGUUAUUGCUGAACAUGUGGAGGAGACCUAUGGAGAAUACGGUCCCUAAAUCUUUUGAACCCCAAUCUUCCUGUUCCAGAUAUUUGUUGAAAGAUGUUCAUAAUAUAGCAACACAUUCAUAACUAAAUCCCUAGAAAAAAAUAAGACAUUUCUGUACCCAGCUUUGCUGGGGUCAGAAGCAGAAAACUGCACUGAAUUUUCAUACCGUACAGCAUGUUAUAAAGGUGUACCUCAAAGGUUCUCCAUCAAAUUUGCACUUAUCUACGCCAAUAAAUAGCAUUUUUUUACUAUUCUAUGCAGUCACUUUGAAGAAUGAGGCCUUAUUACUAAAACAGUUUUUACCUGACUCCCAAGGAACAGAAGUAACAACUUUUUUGCUUCCUCAGGAAGAGAAAUGAGAAGAAACAAUAAUGUGAUCCUUUAUGUCCUUUUACAUUAAUUAGAAGUCGACCUUCCCAACAACUGUCCCAAGUCUCUGCUGCAAAGGUUGGUCAGUACACAGGAACUGGGAACACUAAACAAAACCCGGUUUAGAGUACUGCAUUAUAUCAAAAAUGACAGAGAAGACUAUGUCAUGAAAAAUUUAUUACGUACUGGGGACAAACUCCUGUUUAUAGUUAUUCAGCAGGGCAGUGAUGAUUUAUUUUUUUAACCACCAGUGGCCAGCCUUCUCUUGAAUUUACCUGAAGUGGGAAAUGAUUGACACAGCUGCUUUUCACAGUGUGUUUACAAGCAAAAUGUGCAUGUAAAGUCAAAAGUUUCGCUUAUGAUCUUCAAUGGGCUACGUUGCACUAAUAAAACUUACCACUGUAAUAAGUACACAUAUCUGUAAAUGUACCUCGAGUAUUUUCCUUCUGCCUAAGAUGUAUUUUAUAUGGUUUGGAUUAUCCAUUCUCCUUAGCGCAGCCUCCUUUGAUAUUUGUAAAUGUAUUAAAUUGUGCUGGUAUUCGUGGUAGUGAAGCAUAAAAAAAAUUGUGACUUUGUUAUUUUCUAAGACAAACUGUUUUCUAGUACUAUUUAUGGUUGUCCUUAAAUGAAAAUUUAUAAGCUAUAUUGGUGUUGCUAAAUCAUUACUUUCUUCUGCAGCAAAAGCAGUGCUAUACUUCCAAGCCUCACCUUAUCAGGAGGCUGUUUUAUACAUUCCUGAACAAUACUUUCUUAUCCUGUCAGUGGUUAUUAAGGCAUGAAAUAGUGUGUUUAGAAUUUUCAGAGGCAGUCGCACAAUUCUAACAUCAGAUAAAGGAGAAAGGGUAAGCCUGUGAUACUGAGACAAAACAUGGUAACAAAUGUCUACCACAUUAUUUGGACAACUUGUAAACAAACCUUCAUUGACCAGCCUGUGCUUUCAGUUUUUGUCCUAACAAAUGCAUUAAUUAAGUUUAUUACCUGAUGGGAAAUUUAUGCAAACAUUAUAUAAUUCCUACAUCAACUGUAUGCAACAUUUUACUUUGAUUAGUGCCAUCUUCUUUACCUUGGCUCAGCCAACCCAUAUCAAACUUUCCAAUCUAGCACUGACCCUCCAGUAAGAAAGAGUACUUUCCACAUCAGGACAAGCAGAAUCCUGCCUGUGAAUUGAUUAGUAGUUUUCUUUGCAGGCUGUUAAACACAGUGAUGGGUUUCUGCAUGGAAUGAGACGCCCAUAUCACCAGGAUAAAUCUUCUGUGCAAGUUGUUACUAUCUAUAUCCUGAUUGCUAUGUUCAGCUUCUGGCUGUUCUUUGAUAUUUUUCCUGAUUCUCCUCAAAGAUAAUAUUAUCAAAGCCAGAUAUUGAAGAGUCUGUGUGAUGCUGAAUUUGUGGACUAAUUUUGCUUCGGAAAUGAUUAAAGCUUUAAACUGCCCAAUACCCUUCCAGUACCAUUUAAAAGCCAACCGAUAGGCAACAAUUUGUCUUUAUGUACUCUGAUAAAUAAGGCAAAAGUGAAACGUCUUUGUUUACAUACUGUUUACAACAGCACAGUUUUAUUUUUAAUAAACAAAAUUUGGAGUAUUUAUUGCAUACUGUUUGGGGAACUAAAGAUGUUUUAUGUAAUUCACCCUUUGAAUAUAAUGUUACAUUUACAUAUAGAUAUUUGGGUGAUUUAUUUAUGUAGUUGGUAAUUUUAUGACUACUAGAAUGGAUUUUGUUUUCUGUGCCUUUUAUGUUUAAAUGCAUGGUUGAAUAUUUAUUAUUUAGGAAGUUACUCAGAUGUGUAUUUUUGUAUAUUGCUGGAAUUGGUGGUUCAUUUUUGUUGUACAUUAUGAGCUGCCUUAGGGAAAGGCAGUCUGUUAAGAUCUUCCUAACAUACUAAAAUACUCAAUAAAUCCAAAUGCAUUCACUGCUCAA